AUGCUGCCUGUCCCGCUGCCGAUGCCCCUGGGCGGGCCGACGCCAGUCGGCUUCCCGCGGAAGUCCCUUGACCUCCGCUUCGCGGUGCUCCUGAUGCGCAGCUCCUACGAUGCAUGCGACGACCUGGAUUUCAUGAGCAUGGAGAAGUUCCAGGUAGCGUUCUGGAAGUACCGCCAGUCCGAGGUGGAGCAGUACGCGCUGCAGUACAAGCCCCUCACCUUCAGGGCCGGCGACCUGACCGACCCCCUGUACUUCGAUUUCAUUUCCGUGAGCACUGCCCCUUGGGUGCUGGGGGCCAACCCUGUGAUUGGAUGUUUGGAGGCGGGCAUAUCCAUGCGCGCGCCGCAGCGCGUCUUUGAGGAGCGUUACUCCUGCGAGAGCCUCGGCCCCGACGACGACGAGUCGGCGUGCUCUGAGACGCUCACGCGCGUCGUGCGGCGGCCGGCGCGUUUUGAGGACGACGCGGCCCUGCCAGAUUUCUUUUUCGAGGCCGCGGGCGACCGGAUUUACGACGGCUUGGUUAACGGCUUCCGCGGCGAGCAGUUUGGGGCCCCGGCGCCUGCGCGGCCGGGGGCGGCGACUGGGGAGCUGCUCGAUGGGGUCAGAUCGAUCCUCGAGAUCUUCAAAGCGCAGGGUUACUGCCUCGACUUUGAGCUUUCUGAGGGUGCGUCGUCGACCAGCGGGGGCAGCGGCGUCGAAUUCACAGUGCAGAUUGUUGGGCCCGCGACGCUUUGGGGCCUGGGGGCGCUCGCCUCUCAGCGCGCGCUGAUCGCCAACACGCACGACGCGAUGGCCGUCGCAGCCUACCUGCGAGCCAGCGGGCGCAGCAGCAGCCGGGAGUUGGAGCUCACCAACUCCGGUUAUUUGGAGCGGUGGGAAGUCGUGUAA